GCUCGGGGGGACCAGAAACCGGGGCUGAGCGCGGGGGAGGCGGGCGGAGGCCAUGGGCAGCGAAGCGGGCGCGCCAAAGGGCACCGAAGGGCGCCAGUUCCGGAACUGCUGGGACUGGGCUGGAGGAGCGCGGAGCUGGGGCGGCACGGCUGGUGCCAGCCCACGAACGACGAGGUGCGUGCGAGUGGGCGGAGGCGGCUGCGGAGAAGGCUGGGCUGCCGCCGGACCCGGUGAAGACAGCCUGCGGAGUGCCCGGCCGGAACACGGCUGCAGCACUCCCAGUAGACCAGGAGCUCCAGGAGGCAGGGCCGGCCCCACGUCCUCUGUGCACCACCCUGAGUUGGAUCCUCUGUGCGCCACCCCUGAGUUGGAUCCAGGGCUAGCUGCUGUUCUCCUCCCCACUCCCACGCUGCCCUCCUGCCUGCAGCCAUGACGCCCCUGCUCACCCUGUUCCUGGUGGUCCUCAUGGGCUUACCUCUGGUCCAGGCCUUGGAUUGCCAUGUGUGUGCCUACAACGGAGACAACUGCUUCAACCCCAUGCGCUGCCCGGCUAUGGUUGCCUACUGCAUGACUACGCGCACCUACUACACUCCCACCAGGAUGAAGGUCAGUAAGUCCUGCGUGCCCAGCUGCUUCGAGACUGUGUACGAUGGCUACUCCAAGCACGCGUCCACCACCUCCUGUUGCCAGUAUGAUCUCUGCAACGGCGCCGGCCUUGCCACCCCGGCCACCCUCGUCCUGUCCCCCAUCCUCCUGGCCACCCUCUGGGGUCUGCUCUAAAGCCCCUGAGGCAGACCCACUCAAGAACAAAGCUCUCGAGACACACUGCUGCACCCUUGCACCCAGCUCACCCUGCCUCACUCUCCGCCCUCCCUGCGACCUCCUCAGCCAUGCCCAAGGCUGGGACUGUGGGCAAGAAGACACCUGAUCUCCCCCAACCACCACGUGACCUCACUUCGAGGCCUUGACCUUCCGAUGCUGUGUGGGAUCCCAAAAGGGCUGGGGGCACUGGCACAGUGCUGUUUAUGGGGAGGGGCCCAGUCAGGAAGGGAGCGCUGAUCAGAUGGGAGCUGUGGCCAAGUCCACCUUCUGGGAAGCCCUAGGAGGGGCCCCUGCCUCAGCCUGCCCUGGGUGUGCUGGGGCCCGGGGAAAUGAGGAACUCCCCCAGGUGGGGUGGUUGGGGGGACUCUUAGGAGGAAAGGCUCUUCCAGGCCUAGGAAGGCUGUCACGCUUCCUACUGAGGCCAGGAGCUGCCAGGGCUGGUGCGGGAUCAGGGCUGUGGGAGGAAGGCCUUUGGCACCGGCGCCUGUGCUAGGACGGCUGCCAGGCCUGCAUUGGAGCCACCCCCUGCAAGGGAGGGGCGGCCUUGCCUCAGCAGGCCCCAGUGCCCCCGAAGCCGUAGAAGCUUUUCCGGGUCCAGCAAAGGGUCUGUGUCCUCUCAGUCAAACCCCUUGACCUUUCCCACCCGCCUCAUGGGGAGGGUGCUGGGCCUGAGGCUGGCAGGACCUAGGGCCUUGCUAUAUUUGGUGGGUCCUGGUUGCUGACCUGGCCAGCGCUAUUCCGGGCAGGGAGAGAAAGGGGCAGGGCAGGUGGCCCGCUGAGGCCUGGUCCCCAACCACAGCGGGACCUGGCCGAGCAAGGCAAAGAACGCGGGAUUGGGGGAUGCGCCCACAGGCUGGAAGUUGGGAGCAGCCUGGGGCAGUGCCGGGGCGGGGGUGGGGAGGGCGGGGUGGGGAGGACGAGACCCAGCCCUUCCCCACCAGCGGGAUGCACACAGUGAGUGGGUGCCUCCAUCACCUUCCACCUGGGACUGCGCCCGCGGGGAGGGCAGGGUGGAAGCUCCAGCUGGGUAGGAGGACUCCCAGGGCCCCCACCCCAGGCCUGCGAAGCAGGGUGCAGCCCAACAGCCACCAAUUCGUCCCCGAUGCAGGUAGCCCUGGGAGCAUCUGCCCCCGCUGCAAACGGAGCCGUUGGGGGCAUGAGCCCUUUUGGUGCCAGCGGUCACGCUGCGCCUGAGGCCCCACCUGACCAGCGCUCCCAGCUCUGGUGUCCUUGGAGGAUCCCUUCAAGCUGUCCCACAUGGGCAGGAUAGUGACACGUCCAUGUGGGGGGACUGCCCCGGCCCCAAAGUGUGGCCCUGGUCAGGGGAGCUCCUGCUGGGAACUGCAUCUCCAGAGCUUUGAUGCAGGACCCCUGGGGGCUUGGGGAAUGAGAGGCUCCACCCCAGGGGUCUCCUUGCAGUGAGUCUAUGUGCAGGCCUGCGUUCUGCUCCUGGGGCUGGGGCUGAUGGUCCAGCCUCAGUCUCCUGAGGACAGGAGGGGAUCAGAAUCUUGCUUAGGGCACACCCAGCUCCUGUUGGAGGAGGGAAGUGCCGGUCUCCUGCGAAGGGGCCUUGGGUGGGAAUGGGCCCGGAGUGGGAGGAACGUGACUCCCCAGAGGGAAGAUAGGCGUCAUACUGGGCCAACAGCUGGAAAGGAGUUGCUGCAGCACAGAGUGGGCCUGCACUCCCCUUGUCCCUACCCCCAGUGGUUGUGGCUGUAGCACUGAGCCUGGAGAGUGGUCCUGGCCUAGGGUGGCUGGGAGGCUGCCAGGUGCCUCCCAGAGCUCCCAAGGGCCCGCACCUACAAGUGCCAGCCUCAGGGCAGUGCCCAGAUGAGGCUCUCUCAACUGCAGCCAGCGAGGCCUUGGGAUGCUCCCUGGGAGGGAGGCGACUUUGGGCUCCUAAGUCUGUGGGAGAGGCUGGGAGCAGUCACUGCGCGCCUUGCGCAAGCCCGUCGUCGGUCGGAUGGCUUCCUCAGCUGGGCUGGGAGGGGCUCCAGGAUCAGGUCCUUCCUGUCUUGCUUCUCAGUGGGGUGAUGGGGAGGAGACCUGGCCACCCGUGGCUCAGGGGCAGCUCAGAACAAGGACCUGCUGGAGCUGGAAGUGCCGUGGUGUUGAGGGGUGGGGUGGGCAGCUUCUCACACCUGCCUCCUGCCUCCACCUGUCUACCUUUCCCCCACCCUGACUUGUCCCAGCCCAAUGCUGACAGCACUGCCCCCAGCCCCACGCAUGGUUCUGCCUGGCCGGCCUGCCCUUGGUACCUGGCACAGAACACACAGAAGGCACUCGGCUAGUGCUGGCCAGGCCCGCUCAUGGGGAGUGCAUGGCUGCGCAGCACCAGGGAACCGGGACAGCAGCGCCGGCAGAAAUCACAGCGGUAACUUGUCCCGGUUGUAUGCAUCAAGGUGGCAAUGGACAUGGGUCCCCCCACUGCACUGUGGCCCUGAGCACCAUAUAGCAGCCCUGCA